CCCUCAUAUGCAAAUCGAAAUCCUCCGCUUGAUUGUCGGUUCUUCUUCUCCUCCCACGCCUUGAAGCUGCCUCCUCUUUUACCCUAAUGCAGCGCCUCUACUCUUGUUCGCGACCACUCGUAUCCUUCAUGGCCUCUGCUCCGCCUCGCUGGUGGCCGCCAGCGCUUGCGCGACAAGUUUUCGCACCCAUGGAAUCUCCCUAUCCACCUGUCCGUCGCGUUCACAGAUCUCCUCAUGGAUCUCAGAAUAUGGACGGCAGCAGUGGAGUAAAAAGCGAUGAAAUCAGUAAACUAGACAUGCGACUGCUCAUCUCUUCUGCCAACGAGAACCCUACCUUCAGUCAAGGCAUGAACAACGUAGAGAGGAGGCCGAUAACAAAGGUGUUUAAAGCCCAUGGUGAAGAUGCGAGGAAAACCAGCAUGGAUGUUAUAUAUGGUAAUGAAAGUGCCUGUAGGACAACCUUGGAGGUUAUAGAUGUUAUAGGUGGCAAACAAGAUACAUGGGGGAAAGCUGUGGAUGAUUCUGGUCAUGGGGAGGGAAUUGUGGCGAGCGAUGACGAAGAAUACGAUAGCUUGUUUGCAAAGAUGGUUGAGCAACGUUCUGAUGGUGUAGCCCCUUUGUAUACACUUCCGAAAUCCAAACACCGUGAUGGUUCUAUAUACAAGAGCACUGAUCCUAAUCCUUGGAGAAAACAAUACAAUAUUGCGGACUGUAAGGAGACUUGUUUGGAGGCAAUGAUGUUAGCAGACCCACCAGGUUGCUUCUACUUAAAUGGAUUUUGCCUGCGGCAUGCACCUAGUCACAUGUUCCAAGUUUUCUCAUUGAAGUUGGCUGAAAUUACUGGUGAUGAUGGGUUAGUACAGUUGUAUGGAUACAUAGCAGUGCGGGAUCAUCUGGAUCCAUUGCGUAAUUAUGUCGUCAAUUUUACCAGAGAUGCUCCCAUCACUGUGGAGAAGGGUUCUCUCAUCCACAUGACUGGCCCUAAGCGAGGGAUAGAUUUUCGUGACGAUAUUGUAAUUGAAUAUGACAUGAGGAUCAAGACAGGCGAAGAAGAAACGCAUGAUCUAUCGCUUAUAGAUGGUGCAUCGUUCAUAGGGAAUGUGGACGUAUCGAGCGCACGCGCACGUGCAAAACGUAUCCUUGGCAAUGGUGGUGCAAUUGACAUAACAGUAUCGCGUAUCGAGCACGCCGUUGAGGCGACUGUAGAAGUUCUUAUAUCAGAAGUGCAGAGGGGUUUCAAUUUGUGCCUUGGUUGUUUUACCAGUGAUUUGGAUGAAGAAAUCCAACUCUUUGAUGGUGCCAUUGGUGAGUCACGAUGCUUAAAGAGGUCUGUGGUUGCUGUAGCUAUACGUUCUUGGUUGGAGCUGAAGUUCAAGGUUGGCCCGGAGUCAUCCAGUUCAGCUGAACAUUGUUGUUCCUUCCGGGCGAACAGCCAUGGGCUUGGUACUCAGAAGAUAAACACUGGUUCUGCGUUGAUCUCAGUGAAUGUGACUUGGUCGCCAUUGCCUUGUGGGGCAUCGAAGUUUUUCUAGUUAAUCUUUAAACUUUGUCAGCUAAGCAUGCCUGUAGCGAGCUUUCAAAUAGGCAGUCUAGAGUGGAACACUUAUACGUGAUAAAGCGCUAUAUUGGCUGCCUAUGUUGAGUGAACAUGGAUCAAACCAGUGUGAUAAACAAGUUUCUGUAUUGUA